GGGGCGGGGCCACCCACGGCGGCGCUGGGCCGGACCCGACGGGCUCAGAGCGGCGAUUCCCGGUGGUACCGGACGGGCUGUAACGGAGCAGCGGUACCGGUACUGCCAUCCUGCUCCUGCCCGCGGCAACCCCGCCCGGCCCUGCCAUGCUGGCCGCAGCAUGGCCCCUGUGGAGCAGGACGCGCUGGCCGUGCGGGAGCAGAUCUUCCAUGAGAGGGUCCGCGAGUGCAUCAUCUGUGCCCUGCUCUUCGCCAGUCUAUACAUCCUCUGCCACUUCAUCAUAACCCACUUUAAGAAGCACACGGAUUUCACAGCAGUUCACGAUGACGAGGAUGCUGCUGUCAACAGGAUUGCAUUGGGGCUCUGUACCUUCACCCUGGCUGUGGCGCUGGGCGCCGUCCUCCUCCUGCCCUUCUCCAUCAUCAGCAACGAGGUGCUGCUCUCAUUCCCCCAAAAUUACUACAUCCAGUGGCUGAACGGGUCCCUCAUUCACGGCCUCUGGAACUUGGUCUUCCUCUUCUCCAACAUGUCCCUCGUCUUCCUCAUGCCCUUUGCCUACUUCUUCACCGAGUCAGAGGGGUUUGCAGGGUCCAAGAAGGGCAUCAUGGCCAGGGUGUACGAGACGUCGGUGGUGCUGCUGCUGCUGUCGCUGCUGGUGCUGGGCAUGGUCUGGGUGGCCUCUGCCAUCGUGGGCAAUGAUGCUGCCAGUCGCCAGUCGCUCUACGAUCUCUGGGAAUAUUAUCUGCCCUACCUCUACUCCUGUAUCUCGCUCUUUGGCGUUCUGCUUCUGCUGUUGUGCACCCCCUUUGGCCUCUCCAUCAUGUUCACCGUCACUGGGAAGCUGCUGGUGAAACCCCGGCUCCUGGAAGACCUGGAUGAGCAGUUGAGCUGCACAAGGUUUGAGGAAGCCGCCGUGUCCCACAGGAUCCGCUCUGGCAAAGCUUCCUGCUGGCUGAAUCUGGACAUGGAGAUGCUGCGGGAGCAGUUCUUUGCCAUCCGCAGCAAGAGGCGGAAACUGGAGCUGCGGCACCGAGCCUCACCCUGGCAGAGGAACCUGGGCUACCCCCUGGCCAUGUUGGGCCUCCUGGCACUGACAGGCAUUUCUGUGCUCAUUGUCUGCUUCCACGUGCUGGAGCUGCUGCUGGACGAUGCCGCGAUGCCACGGGGCAUCCAGGACGCGUCCCUGGGCCAGGUUUCCUUCUCCAUCUUUGGUUCCUUUGGAGCUGCACUGCAGGUUGUCCUCAUUUUCUACCUGAUGGUCUCCUCUGUGGUGGGCUUCUACAGCUCCCCCCUCUUCACUCGCCUGCUCCCAGAGAGGCAGGACACUCCCCUGACCAAGAUCAUCGGGAACUGCGUCUCCUUGCUGGUGCUCAGCUCAGCACUGCCCGUCUUCUCCAGGACRCUGGGGAUCACCCGUUUUGACCUCCUGGGUGAUUUUGGCCGCUUCAACUGGUUGGGAAACUUCUACAUCGUCUUCCUCUACAACAUGGGAUUUGCGGGGCUCACCACGCUGUGCCUGGUGAAAAGGGUCUCCUGGGCUGUCCAGGCCGAGCUCAUCCGUGCCUUUGGUGAGGACAGGGACAUGGGGACACAGGGAUGGGUGCUGGGGUGUCCCCUGUCCCCCACCCUGGCUCUCACACUUUUCUUGUCUCCAGGUCUGCACAAGCUGCCGCUGCCCGUGACGCGCUGCCGGACCCGCAGCAAGCUCUGCUAGGGCUGGGGGACAGGGAUGUGUCCCCCCCAAUCACAGUGGCCCCCAGGGUGGCUGCUAGCCACAGAGCUGACCCUGRUAGYACCUGAUACCUCAGGGACCAUCAGAGCCCCUCAGGGAGAACCGAGACCCUGUGAGGGGGCUGACCCCCUCAAGCCCUGCGUGGGCUGGAGGACAGGGAUGUGUCCCCCCCCUCUCAUUUUGGUGGCCCCCAGGGUGGCUGCUAGCCACAGAGCUGRCCCUGAUAGCACCUGAUACCUCAGGGACCAUCAGAGCCCKCCCAGGGAAAGCCGAGACACGUUUUGGGGUUUCUUACUCCCACUUUAUCUCAGCAUUUUGUGCUACUGAGCCUUGGCCUUGAGCCACACCCCCAUCACACAUCCCCAAGGGGCGUGGGGUCUCCCCCGAGGCUGCGCUGGCUGCAGCCCCCCCACCCCGUUCAAAUACCUCGUGCAAGAGUGGCCGGGUCCCCCGACCUCCUUCCAGGCUCCUCCCUGGGGUCUGGUUGUGUUUUUAAUGUCACCCCCACUUCAUGCUCCCUGCCCAGAGUCACUCCACACUCCAUCUCUGUGUCACUCCGGGGCUGCAGAGGGGCACUGGUUGUCCCCCGCCCACCCCGAGGCCCUUGGGGUCCCUAAUAGGGGGGCCUGGGGUGCAGGGAACAAGACCCCCCCUCUCUCUGGCAGCUUGGUGUGAUGAGUAUGUCGGGUCUCUGUUACCACAGAACUUGUUUGGAGCAAUAAAUAG